GCACUAGUUUCUUUAAAAAAAACACCCUCUAAACUAAACCUGUGAUAAUAUUGUAAAACCCCAGCACCCUGUACCGGCAACGCCAAAACCCUGAAUUCUGUACCGCUGCAAAAUCUCCUAUUGCUUCAUUUUGCUCCAAUGAUUUCGCUUAAAACCAUCACCACUCGUAAUUUCAGCAAUGAUCGUUUGACCUUGUUGAUUUCAUCCGAUUCUUACAAGUUUAUGUAUCUUUCUUCAAUUUCCCGGCGGCCGUUUUCGCGUUCUGCUCAAUCUAUUGACGAAAAGAUUUCCAGUUUUACACAACCCUUGGGCGGAUUCUUCAGAAGGGUUCUCUUCGGCGAAGAAAGGGCCGAGAGUAAUCGCAUCGUGGCUGAAAAUGCGAAAUCGGAGGAGACAAGUGUGGGGGACAGACUGAGAAAUUUGGAGGAAGAAGUUAGGGUUUUGAACGAGAAAGGGUGCGAAACGGUGAAAAAUCUCGAACCAUUAUCUGAAAAAACUGAUCCUAUGGUCGCGCCAAAGAUGGAGAAGCGAGGCUUGUCGGCAUUGUUAACUGAUGGGGAAAAGGGGCAUUCUGAUUCUACGGUCGCGCCGAAGAAGAAGCGAAGCUUGUCGGCAUUGUUUAAGCAUACGGAAAAGGUGCAAUCAAAAUCGAAAUCGAAUUCAGUAUCGAAGUCGAAAUCUGUGCCAGAAUCGCCGGCACCGGUUGAGAAAACUGCAUAUGGAAUGGAGGAUCCGAUGGUCCACAAAGAGCUUUCUUCCGACAUGAAAAUGUUCGCUGAGCAUUUGUAUGCCAAAGGAUACUUGAAAAAAGCUAAUUUCAUGCCCCAAGAUAGAUUUGAUCCGACUUAUUUUGAGGCCAGCUACGCCCGGGAAUUCUUGAAGUGUGCGGCUGUCAAGUUCGGAGAAGAGCACUCGGAUAUCACAAGAUGGUUGUCUGCUGGGGAUCUGAAAAAGGUAGCCCUUUUUGGGUGUCCAUCUCUUGGGCAGAGGUCCGUCGUUGCUGCUAAACAUAUGCGCAGUUUCUUCAAAAUUGAUGAACCCAAGGUUUGCCAAGCAUGCACACUGAAAGAGCUGUGCAGGCGUUCAAAUAAGAGUAAUAAGAAACAUCCUUCCAAGUUAUAUUUGGAUAGUGUGAUCAAGGUCCUCAUCAUGUAUGCCAUGGAAUCAGUUCCCCAGAAGUUGGUGGUGCCCGAAGAUGUUAAAAACUCUGUUCAUCGAUUGCUAAAGGAGAUAACAAGUCUUUCUCAAGAAAAGCCCUGAGGCUUCUCGACCAUUCGUGCAUCAGCAUAUUAGGUAAGUUUGGUUUGAUUUAUGUUUCUCGGAAGAUGCUUGCAAAUAAAAUUGCUAGUUUUGGGCCUACUUUUUUUCAUUUUUGCACGCGGACCAAAUAGGAAUGUAGGAUGCAACAAUUUACAGUAGAUGCAGUCAGUCGCUGAACCAUGUGACUUUUUCUAUAAAAUGUUAGCAACAUCAAUAGGCAUGAUGGUGACAAUGCCGCCUUUAUUCAUAAGUCUUGUUUUGUGUCGUGUGAGAUCUAGGAUUAUAUAUAUAUGGGUUUUAUUUGAUUA